CCGGUGUUUCCCGGUUCUGCCAGCGGGAUGCAGCAUUGGACGCGUUUUCCCGGAGAGAGAGGAGCGCGGAAACCGGAAGCUCCGGAGAGAGAGAGAAAGCGAGAGAGAGCGAGGGAGAGAGAGAGAGAGAGAGAGAGAGAGAAAACCAACCCGGGACCGAGUAAAGUGAGCUGUUUCCGACGAUCCGCUGUGCGCCGACAGUCUGACCGGAACACGGAGAUCACCGCACCUCACCGGGACUCAUCUACCGCCCCGAGCUCACUCCGCGCCGCGUCAGCUCAGUCCGGUGUUUGCGUGUCGUGAAGGAGAAUAAUCGCACUCUGUGAACGCGUCUGACCCGUGGCGCACCUGCGCGUCCCCGGAAGACAUGCACGGAUCACCGGGGACCGACACCCACAGGAGUUCCGCGCUCCGCACCGGAAGACGAAGAUCCGACGCUCUGCUGGCCAUCAUCGUCAUCGUGUGUCUGAAAGUCUUCAUCAUCCAGGCGUCUUCGCUCCGGUUCUCCGAGGAGCCGCAGUCUCAGGAUGCGUUACACGGCCGCAGUGCUAUCCUGCGCUGUGAGCUCAGCGGCCCGGAGGACAUGCGCUUCUGGUGGACACAGGACGGCCGGCGCGUGCAGGACUCGACCCGCCGCUUCCAGGAGGGCAGUAACCUGAAGUUCACCGCGGUGGACCGUCACACAGACACCGGCAGCUUCCAGUGUGUAGCGUCCAGCAGCUCCACCGGAGACACCCUGACCUCCGCCAGCGCCUCCUUCAACAUCAAGUGGCUGGAGAGGGGGCCGGUCACCAUGAAUGACCCCGCCUCAGAGGCGGAGCUAGAGGAGGCUGAGCGAAUCGUACUGCAGUGUCACAUUGAUGGACAUCCACGGCCGAGCAGUAAAUGGUUCAAAGAUGGAGUUCAGCUGGACAGAAAGGACCGGAUCCUGACACUGACCAACAUCAGCACAGGGGAUUCUGGGAUAUACUCCUGCUGUGCUCAGAAUGCUGCAGGAAAAGUGUGCAGUAACCACAACAUCAGCCUCAGAAUCAUCGAUAAGUCUGUUCCCCGUUUGCUGGUGGCUCUGGUGGAUCAGGUGGUCCUUCGUAAUGAGGAGGCCGUGUUUCACUGUCAGUUCAGAGCCAAGCCGCCGCCGCUGAUCGAGUGGUUCCAUGAUGCAGAACCCGUCGUCAACAAAUCAGGGGUCGUGGUGUACGCUAACGGCACACUGCACAUCACUCAGGUGAAGCAGCGCAGCACAGGUGUGUAUAAAUGUGUGGCUCAGUAUGGAGAAAACAAACAAGUACAUGUGGAGGCAGCUCUCAGGAUUGCAGAGAUCGCAGAUAUGGGCGAGCGCAUGUUCCAGGUUUUCUCUGCGGGACGCAGUGAGCGUGUGCGCUGUGAUCCACCGCGGGGUCAGCCGGAGCCGGACGUGUGGUGGGAGCGUGCGGGAGCUCGAGUGGCGUCUGAGGGUCGAGUCCAUCAGCGGGACGGAGAUCUGAUCUUCAGCCCCACGGACGCAUCAGACUCGGGCGUCUACACGUGUGUCGCCCGCAACACGGCCGGACAGAAGCAGCAGGAGCUCGUGGUCACAGUAGCCACCUCUCCAGAGUGGAUCGUCCAGCCGCAGGACACACACGUGGAGGAGGGUCAGCCGGGUUUCCUGCACUGUCUCGCACGGAGCACGCCGGAGCCACGGGUCACAUGGUACCGCAAGAGCGUCCCGAUCACUGAGGAGGGCUCUCGUUACAAGCUCUUCUCUAACGGCACGCUGAGGAUCAACAGCGCAGAGGUGAAGGACAACCAGACGUACAGCUGUGUGUGUGAGACGGAGGCCGGAUCGGUCAGCGCACACGCACGGAUUCACAUACUGGAGAAGCUGAAGUUCGCUCCCGUCCCGCAGUCGUCUCAGUGUCUGCAGCUGGACAGAGAGAGCAGUGUGAGCUGUGUGGCCACAGGACGAGAGACGCCCGUCAUACACUGGAGCAGAGCAGACGGAGCUGAUCUCCCGUCUCACGCCGCUCAGAUCAACGGGGUUCUGCGCUUCAGGACAGUGACCCGCGCAGACGGAGGAAACUACACGUGUGUGGCGUCCAGCAGCUCGCAGGGACAGAUACGAGCUCACGUCCAUCUCACUGUAGCAGUUGAGGUGGAGUUUAAGCUGCAGCCGGAGCAGACCACGGUCUAUCAGGGUCACACAGCCGUGCUUCACUGUCAGGCGUCAGGUGACCCGCAGCCGUACGUCCAGUGGAUGCUCAGAGACACACAGCUCCUCAGCAGCAGCUCCAGCAGGUUUCAGAAGAUGCAGAACGGCUCUCUGGUCAUUAGUGAUGUGAGCACGGAGGACACGGGUGUGUACACCUGCAUCGCAGGAAACACCUGCAGCAUCAGAGACACGGCGGCGCAGCUCUACGUCGUGGAGAAGCCCGUGCAUCCCCGCGGUGGAGACGAGGAUAAGAGUCAGUUUAAGAUGUUCCAGACCAUCGCUCUGUCUGUGGCCGUGGCCGUGGCGUACAUCAUCGCGGUGCUGGGACUCAUGUUCUACUGCAAACAGAGACGCAAGAACAAACGGCUGCAGAAGAGCCGCGCCGGAGAACAGCCUGAGAUGGAGUGUCUGAACGGUGUUCAGCUGAACGGACACAGGAUGUCUGAGAUCCAGGAGGAAGUGGCUUUAACCAGCGUGAGAUCUUCAGCAAACUCAGAGAAACAGCAGAGCUUUCCCAGAGCGCACCUGCAGACCAUCACCACACUGGGGCGUGGUGUGUUCGGCGAGGUGUUUCUGGCUAAAGCGAGGGCGAUGGAGGAGGCCGAGCCGGAGACGCUGGUGCUGGUCAAGAGUUUGGAGAGUCGAGAGGAAACGCACCGAGCCGAGUUCAGACGAGAGCUGGAGAUGUUCAGCAGACUCGAUCACGCUCACGUCGUGCGACUGCUGGGAGUCUGCAGAGAGACACAUCCUCAUUACAUGAUCCUGGAAUACGUGGAUCUGGGAGAUCUCAAACAGUUCCUCAGAAUAUCAACGAGCAGCGAUGAGAAACUCAAGCCACAUCCCAUCAGCACUAGAACUAAAGUCUCCAUCUGUGCUCAGGUGGCUCAUGGGAUGCAGCACUUAUCAAACAGAGGUUUUGUGCACAGAGACCUGGCGUCCAGGAACUGUCUGAUCAGCGGACAGAGACGGGUGAAGGUGUCUGCGCUCAGUCUGAGUAGAGACGUCUAUAACAGUGAGUACUAUGAGCACGGGCAGGUGUGUAUCCCGCUGCGCUGGCUGCCGGGUGAGAGUGUGUUUGAGGGAGAGUUCUGCAGUAAGUCAGACGUCUGGGCGUUCGGGGUGCUGAUGUGGGAGGUGUUCAGUCUGGGCGAGCUGCCGUACCCCACACUCAGUGACCAGCAGGUGAUGGAGGGUCUCCAGGCAGGUACUCUGCGUUUGUCUCCUCCAGUGAACUGUCCUGCUCAUGUCUGCAGUCUGAUGAGCCGCUGCUGGGCGUCCAGCCCUAAAGAACGGCCCACGUUCAGCGAGAUCCUACAGACUCUGACUGAUGCCUCCUCAGACACCAAACUCUAGAGGAUCACGACUGCCAUCAGAGACUCGAUCACACACAUUUCAGACGUGAGAGUCUGCUUGGAAACAAACACACUUCUGUCCCAUUAAUGAUCUGUUUACACUAAUGAAGAAGCUCCUUCCUCUUGCUGGAGCCUCAGGGACCCCGAGGAUGACCUUUGACCUCUGCAGCGCAGGACAAUCACAGAUCCAUCAGGUUACAGACACAGAACGAGGUCAUGCUUGUGUGUGUGUGUGUGUGUGUGUGUGUUCACAGGAUGAUGUCGUGUCACGAAACACAACAUUAGUGGAAUUCAGUGACUUCAGUAGUGGGAAACUGAGAGAUUAAUGAUGAAGUGAGAGACUGACAUACAAAGCUAAUACGAUAAACACAUAUUCACUAAUUAACACACGUGUGUGAUGAAAUCAAUCAAUCAAUCAAUCAAUCAAUCAAUCAAUCACCUUUAUUUAUAUAGUGCUUUAAACAAAAUACAUUGCGCCAAAGCACUGAACAACAUUCAUUUGGAAAACAGUGUCUCAAUAAUGCAGAAUGAUAGUUAAAGGCAGUUCAUCAUUGAAUUCAGUGAUGUCAUCUCUGUUCAGUUGAAAUAGUGUCUGUUUUAAUUUGCAAUCAAGUCAACGAUAUCGCUGUAGAUGAAGUGACCCCAACUAAGCAAGCCAGAGGCGACAGCGGCAAGGAACCGAAACUCCAUCGGUGACAGAAUGGAGAAAAAAACCUUGGGAGAAACCAGGCUCAGUUGGGGUCAGUUCUCCUCUGACCAGACGAAACCAGUAGUUCAAUUCCAGGCUGCAGCAAAGUCAGAUUGUGCAGAAGAAUCAUCUGUUUCCUGUGGUCUUGUCCUGGUGCUCCUCUGAGACAAGGUCUUUACAGGGGAUCUGUAUCUGGGGCUCUAGUUGUCCUGGUCUCCGCUGUCUUUCAGGGCAGUAGAGGUCCUUUCUAGGUGCUGAUCCACCAUCUGGUCUGGAUACGUACUGGAUCCGGGUGACUGCAGUGACACUCUGAUCUGGACACAGACUGGAUCUGGUGGCCUCGGUGACCUCGGAACAAGAGAGAAACAGACAAAUAUUAGCGUAGAUGCCAUUCUUCUAAUGAUGUAGAAAGUACGGUGUCAUGUGAAAGAGAGAUUGCUCUUAAUGAUAAUAAGAUCCUUGUUUUUCUGAGGCGCUCACAUGUGACUGUUACUGUAAUAAAUAAAUAUGCAAUGCCUCAGAUUGCACACAUUUCUAAGCCAUGAUUAAUCACAUUUUAUUGUAAUUCCCAGUUAAUUUCCACAUGGUUCUUCUGGAUUGGUUUUCUCAUAACAGACGUCCAAAAAACUGAGAUGAUACACUAAUUACAUUUAAAACUUAAAGUGUCAUGCUGAUGUGUUGUGAGGAUUGAUGUAAAUCAGCAGUUCUCAACCAGGUCCAGUAGGGGUUCUCAAAAACAGUAUUUAAAGAAGACAAAAAUAAGCAUGAAAACAGCAUAAAAUCAAGCUAUUUCUUAUUUUAAUUCACCACUUAAACAUCAAUUUUUGUCUAUUAAGAACUAGAAAGGAAAACAUUGUUAUAUGAGGAAUACUGAUUUAAAAAUGGUGAUUUCUAGACCUGAAAGAGUCAUGAAAAUAUAUCAAAUUUUAAAACAUUUUUAUUUAAUGAAUGUGCAUUUUACUAGUUUUAAUAGGCUAGAAAUAUUUUAUCGGGUCGACAUUUAUGAGUAAAACAAUAAUAAUAAUAAAAACCCUAAUCCUGAUCCAGUUAAUCACAAAUGAGUGGAAAAGUCCUGUAAAUGAAUUGGUCUAAAACAGGAGGAACCCUGAAGAACAUUCAGCUCCUAUAACUUGUGGAAAGCUGAAACUGAAUGCACAGAAACCCGUAUCCAUAGAUCAAAUAAAACCGUUCCUCUCAGCUGAUGUUAUUGUGAUGCAUGAUGUGGUUUGAGUUUAUGAUGAAGGUUUUGUGUCUCUGGUUUUAAUGAGGCCAGUGCUGGUUUCAUUCAGACUCCUGCAGCACAAACACACAUUGGACGGUUUGCUCUCAGUGGUUUUCUUCAGAUGAACAGAUAAAAAUAACAGGUCAACUUUGUUUUUUGCAACUAAAAGUGCCUCGAACAUGAAGGACUUAUUUGCUGGUUUUUUUACAGUAUCUUUUGUAAUGCAGUUAAUGUGUGUUGUUUUUAAGAACUGCUUUUAUAUAUUUGUUUCAUGUGUAUUUCUAUCGUUGUUGCUGAUAUUUGUUUUUAUUCUCUGUGUUCAUCAUCUGUUCAUGUUCAUUUUUAAGGCAGACACUCACACCAUGAUGCUUUUAUAUUUUGCUUUCUAAAGGUCACAGUAAUCCAGAUGUAAUGCUGCUCUUUUAUUAAACAGUCAUGUUUUUAACA